GUGGAGGGGUGGAAGAUAAAGCAGCUUCGACUGCCUAGAAAACCGUGCUGCCUCGCCUUGGCUACUCAACGCUGGGCGGCCUUGUGAAGCGGCUCCACCCGGCAACCUCGGGUCUCUUAGCGGCCAAGUCGACGCCUGUUCUUUUCCUCUAUUGGGCUGCGGAGACCAGAAGGAGGAAUCCAUAGCUGUGGUCGCCAGAGCAUCCGCUGCCCACCAGCGGAGCCUAGGUAAAGAAAGGGAACAUUCCCUGGCGCAGAGAGGGGAGGGGUAAGUCCCGCCAGUCCAGGGCGGCUCCAGCUUGGAAAAAUCUGGGAUUUCGCGGCUGGAAAAGGAGCAUUUCCAUGGCCCGACUGCGCUGAAGAGCCCCUCAAAGCCGAAUCUGAACUUGAAUUCCAUACAACUGAUUGUAGAGCUGGUGUCAAUGCCCUGAGCACCCGGAUCUGCGACCCUCUGUGGACGGAGUCAGACCAUACCGCGGAAGCGAGCUUUCUCACCGAGGGCACCAGUUGCAGAGGCUGGAAGUAAAAUAAAGGCGCACUCCUAUUUCUGAACUUGUUCGCUAAUGAAGUAGGAGGAAGAUUGAGCCUGCUGCACACCUGCUGAUUACGCUUUUGUUUUUCCUGAAAAGCUUGAGCACCUUGUUGUAUUCAGAUACCCUAUCAUCAUCAGGCAUGGCUAGCAUCCUUGCCUGUGUGGGUAAUAGACGGAGGCAAAACACAGCCUUGCCGCCUUGGGCCCAUUCCAUGCUGAGGUCCCUGGGGAGGAGUCUUGGUCCUUUGAUGGCCACCUUGGUAGAGAGAAACAUGAGGUUGUUCUCUGGGAGGGCAGUGCCAGCCUACGGGGAAGAAACCUUUGAAAACUGGCUGAUCCAAGUCAAUGGGGUCCUGCCAGAUUGGAAUAUGUCUGAGGAGGAAAAGCUCAAACGCUUGAUGAAAACCCUUAGGGGUCCUGCCCGGGAGGUCAUGCAUGUGCUGCAGGCUGCCAACCCCAACCUAAGUGUGGCUGAUUUUUUGCGGGCAAUGAAACUGGUGUUUGGGGAGCCUGAGAGCAGUGUGACUGUCCAUGGUAAAUUUUUUAACACCCUGCAGGCACAAGGGGAGAAAGCCUCCCUUUAUGUGAUCCGUUUAGAGGUGCAGCUCCAGAAUGCUAUUCAGGCAGGCAUCCUAGCUAAGAAAGAUGCAAACCAGACUCGUCUGCACCAGCUCCUGGUAGGGGCUGAGCUGAAUAGGGACCUGCAUUUCAGGCUUAAGCAUCUUCUCAGGAUAUAUGCAAAUGAGCAGGACCAGCUUCCCAAUUUCCUGGAAUUAAUCAGGAUGAUAAGGGAGGAAGAGGAUUGGGAUGACACUUUUAUUAAGUGGAAGCGGCCCAAAAGAUCUGAGUCAAUGUUGGAGAGAGCAACUAGCCCUGUGGCAUUUCAAGGCUCCCUGCCAAUGGCUACUGGCAGUGCUGACUGCAACGUGAUAGAAAUAGAUGAUACUCUCGAUGACUCAGAUGAAGAUGUGAUCCUGGUGGAGUCUGAGGACCCUCCACUGUCAUUCUCUGAUGCCCCACCACUGACUGGCUGGGCCAGAUCUCAGGACCACAUGCUGGUCACUGAUUCUCCCAACAAUGGCGGAGUUCAGUCUCCUUCUGCUAGUGGUGGUUCUGGGCAUAACAAUAAUGGUCCUGGAGAUAUGUGUAGAGCCAGGAAACGAAAAUAUACAAUGUACUGUUCUUAUUGUGGGGAGGAGGGCCACUCAAAAGAAAUCUGUGACAAUGAGAACAAGGCCCAGGUUUUUGAGAAUCUGAUCAUCACCCUGCAGGAGCUGACACAUACAGAGGAGGAGGGGUCCAGAGAAGCCCCUCAUGAAUUGAGUGACCCCGCUGAGCCACAGUAAGAUGCCAACCCCCAGCUUUCAAUGAACCCUCUUCCCUAUAUUCAAAGUUCAGUGAUGGUAAAACUGGGGGAGGGGGACUUCUCAUUGCAUGAAUUAAUCUGCAAAACAGCUUUCUUUUGGGGUGGAGGAGAAAGGUUCCGGAGAAUAAAGGAUCUGGCUUACCAGUAUGGUGGAAGGGAAAGGACUCAGCUCUGUCCUUUGUCUCUCUCCCCACUGCCUAAGAGUCUAUUUUCUGUGUGUGCCCAUUUCCUUGAUAGCUUUUUUCUUUUUGUGAAAGUGUUAUAUAAUUCACUGUUAAUCUUUAAGAACAAAUUACCCAAAAGUCUCCACCCUCAUAUAACUAUUGUCAGCCCUUUGGUGAAUGUUCUAGAUUUUUCCCUAUAUCUAUGUAUCCAGAUACGCAUGUGUACAGAUAAAAAUGGUCAAGUGAUGUUGUAUAUGCUGUAGUUUUUCACUAAACAAAAUAUGUUGUGGGCUUCUAUGUCAAUAAAUAUGUAUCUAUAAAUCAGCAUCUACUUUAA